AUGAGCUUCUAUGGCAGAUACUAUGGAGGUCUUGGCUUCGGCCACGGAGGGUUGGGAGGUCUGAGCUAUGGUCAUGGCUGUGGCUGUGGAAGCUUCCGCAAACUGGGCUGUGGAUAUGGCUGUGGAUAUGGCUCCGGCUUUAGAAAUUUCAGAUAUGGCUGCUGUCACCCACAGUGCCAUGGUGGUUAUGGUUUCUCUAGCGUCUACUGA